AUGUUUUAUUCCGGAGCGCUCUUUCCGCCCGCGCGAAUUGUUCGCCCGAGGAUCUCGCCUUUCGCGGGCGACGGGAGAGGGGGAGGCGCUCGUUUUCGAGUAAUUAAUGAAGGGGUGCUUUUCGGAGGCCGCUGUGGCUGCUCCGCGGCCGCACGUAAUUGGUGUCGGCUAUUGCCGCUGAUGGCCCAUUAUCCAGCGCACGCCGUCUCCCGCAGGAAGGGCACAUUGAGGCCCCCAAGGAGGAUACACAAGCCUGCUGUAGCGAUGUGGUCGCUCGCCCUCCACCGCUGCAACCGGGCUUCAAAUCCCCAGAUUUUCGGGUUCUUCCAUGGGUCCUUUUCCGUCUGCGAACUAGUUGCGGGCAACGUAGUAAAUGGUAACGGCCUCUCGAGGACGGGCGUACCGAGAGGGAGCAAUGGCAUGGGCGGGCGGUCAUUAACCAAUGAUCCGUGGGCCGUGUUUGUGUCGGUGCGGCUGGUGCCCUUGCGCUGGGCGGUGACGUGUGCGCGCGCGCGGGUACUCCACUGGAACAGCGCACGAGACAUUAUUAUUAUUAUUAUUAUUAUUAUUAUUAUUAUUAUUAUUAUUAUUAUUAUAAGCGAGAAAACUCUACACAUCAAAUCGACGACGAUAUCGUUAAGAACAACGACAUGUGCGUUGUGGGCGCGGCGUCGUAGCCUCUUGCGCCACCGCUCGCCGCCCCAGGCGCGGUUAUCGACGCGAUGCGGGCGGGCGGCCCUGCUCGAAGGCCGGCAAAGUGCCCUCCUGUCAGGCAGCCCAGCGAGCGGACCAAACGCCUGCCUCCGCGAUCGAUUUGCACAUUAG